GAAUCCCAAGUGGAGCAAGGAAAGUCUGAGAUCAUGAAGAUUAAAGCAGAGGACCAUGGAGGACCCAGUCUGGUGUCCUCCAUACCUGCAGCAUCCUCAUCAGAACUGGAGAAGAGACAAGACAGCAAAGAUCUCAAUAAACAGCAGCUGUUGGUGGUUAAAGAAGAGGUUCCUGAUCUUUGGAGCUCCAGUUUGGACCAGCAGAACCCAGAACUCCUCCAGAUCAAGAAGGAAGAAGAACGGUGGAACCUCCAGGAAGGAGAACAAUCUGCUGUGCAGAUUGAGCAUGAAGAGAAUCAGCAGUUAUCAAAACUUCAUCAACUCAAAACUGAAGACAACAGCGAGACAGAAACUCCAACCUGCAGCUCAGCUGUACCAGUGAAAACAGAACAUGGUGCAAAUACUCAAAUACAGCCAAAUGAUAGAACUUCUUCUGACUCUUCCGAGACUGAACACAGCUCGGAGGAUGAUGAUGAUAAUGAUGACAACCUUUCAGGUUCUGGAUCUGAAACUGUAGCAAGUGAUGAAACCAGGACUCUUCAGUCAGGGGUAAGCAGCAGUGUGGGAGGUAAAACUGUCCAGAAACUCUUCAGCUGCACAGAGUGUUAUAAACAGUUUGCAUGCCAACAAUCAUACCUGAAACAUCUGAAAUGUCAUUCAGGAGAAAAUACAGAUCAGAAGCAAUCAGGAGGCAAAGCUAAUAAGAAAGCAGCUGUCUGUAAAGACUGUGGUAAAACUUUUAAGAAUCAUUCUCGCCUUAGAUCACAUAUAACUAUCCACACUGGAGAAAAACCAUUUGCUUGUUGUGAUUGUGGCAAAGAAUUCAGGCAAGCACACAGUCUUAAACAACACAUGAGAAUCCACACUGGAGAAAAACCAUUUACUUGUGGUGAAUGUGGUAAAACAUUUAGCUACCAGCACGGUCUUCGUAUACACAUGGUUUGCCACACAGGAGAAAAACCAUUUGAGUGUAAGGAAUGUGGUAAAACAUUUUCCCUCAAAGGAGCUCUAAAGAGCCACAUCAUGAUUCAUAAAGGAGUGAAACCUUUUGCCUGCAGUAACUGUGACAAAUGUUUUCGACUCAGUGGUGAUCUUAAAACGCACAUGUUAACCCACAUUGGCGUGAAACUGUUCGGCUGUAGUUAUUGUGGAGCCAGGUUUACUCGGCAGGGAACUCAGAUGAGACACAUCAGAUGCCACACAAGUGGAAAACAAUUUGUGUGUGAUAAGUGUGAUAAAAGGUUUUAUCGAAACUCGGAACUAACGCAUCACAUGUCAACUCACAUGCCAAAUUACGUAAAAAUUCGGAAGGUAUUCACCGGGGAAGGAAAAUGGGUCUGUAACGAAUGUGGAAAAAAACAUAUGCGAAAGGCACAUCUUACAGCACACAUGUAUACCCACUCAGGAGUAAAACCUUUUAGCUGCAGUGUUUGUAGUGCACGUUUUACACGCAAGGAUAGCCUCCAAAUACACAAGAGAGCCCACAGUCAAUAGAAACGGCUCAGUUCAAGAUUUAUUGCCGAGCUAAGAAAUCAAUAUCUAUGGGAGAGGUCCCAGAUGGAUGUGAGUGAAGCUAGCUGGAGCUAAGCGAAACAAAAUUCAUCUGGCUCGUCAGGUUAGGUGACAUGUGGAAGCUUAGUGGAAAAUGCAUUUUUUAAAUGCAUU